UUGUGUUAGAAUACUGCGAUUUGUCAGCACUAAAAGGGUGAACCAAAAUUAAAACGAAACAAGUAGAAAAACGCCCUUUGACGCGCUUCCCACAUUUUUAUUAUGAUAUUGAGAUAACAUUUAGUGAUUUUUUCCAAUUAUUCAACAAAAAUCUCGUGCCAAAAUUUUAAAAAAAUUAAAAAGUGACCAUUAAAUACCGGAAUCAUAACUACUUUUUUAAUCAUUUUGAAUUGAUAAAUUUUUUUGAAUUUCUGUGCGUUAGCCAAUCAUAUACAAAAAUCAAUCCAUAUUAGAAUGAAAAAAACUGAUUCACUAUUCUCAAUAAAGCAGAAGAAGAAAAAUUUUCUUGCAUUGUGCAUAAGAUCGUUCCUUCUAAUAGCGAUAAUUUUGCUAUAUUUCAUUUCAUCAACCAACUUUAAUGGAAAUCACAACAGCAUUCAACAAGAAGAUGAUGUUUAUCGAUAUCGAUCUCGUAGCAUUCUCGCAGUAAAUCAAACCGAAUCUAUUGUAUCGAGCAGAACUACGGAAAGCCCCUUAAGUGGCACGAGAAAUCAUGCCAGGAAAAAUUGUACAAACGCCGCCAUACUGGAGCUUCCGUCAGACGGACUCACUCGUGACGAGAGGAAACAAGGUUGGAUAAUCAUUCAUAUAGCGCUCGCAUGCUACUGCUUUUGGUUCUUGGCAUCGAUAUGUGAUGAUUAUUUCGUUCCAGCAAUUCAGUCAAUUUGUAGUGGUUUCAACUUGAAUGAGGAUGUGGUAGGUGCGACGUUCAUGGCAGCUGCCGCGUCUAGCCCUGAACUGUUUAUAAAUUCGGUUGGAACGUUUAUCACGAAAAGCGACUUAGGAGUGGGAACAAUAGUGGGGUCAGCGGUUUUCAAUGUACUUGCAGUUCCUGCUUGUUGCGGGCUCUUCGCAGGUCAAAUUGUUUAUCUUGACUGGUGGCCUGUUAGCCGCGAUAGUUUGAUGUAUGGUAUUUCAGUGGUUGCUCUCAUUUUCACUCUGCAAGAUGGAAAAGUUAUGUGGUAUGAAGCGCUCAUUCUUGUGUUCGCCUACAUCAUUUACAUUGCAGUUAUGUACUGGAAUGAAAUAAUGUCGCAUAAAGCGCGGACUUUGGUAGCAAAACUGCGCAGACAAUCUCGUGUGCGGCCAUAUCGCGAGCGUGCUGAAAUCACACCAUUAUUAGCUGCUCAAAAUGGUCAAAAACAAAAUGGAAACUCAUCUGUUAUCAAUAUAAGCAACAACUUAUAUCCAAUCCUUGAAGUGUACGAAGAUUAUGCUGAUACACCAUACAAAGUUCCUCAUGACAUCAAUUGCUGCGCAUACCUAUUAAAGUGGCCAAUUAUACUUGUUUUGUGGCUCACCGUUCCUGAUUGUAGAAAACGUCCAAAAUUGACAAUGAUGACGUUCUGCAUGUGCAUCGCGUGGAUUGGCCUCGCAUCAUACGCCGUUGCUAUGCUUAUCACUAUUGUUGGCGAUACGGCAAAUGUACCGGAUUCAGUGAUGGGUCUUACUUUCCUCGCUGCCGGCACUUCCUUGCCGGAAGCCGUAUCGAGUGUGAUAGUUACUAAUCAAGGACAUGGUGCUAUGGGAAUUAGUAGCUCAAUCAGUUCAAACACAUUUGACAUUCUUCUUUGUUUAGGUAUCCCAUGGUUCCUUAAAGCUUACUUCGACCCCGAUGUGGACGGUCAAAAUUGGAUUUCGCUCAACUCGAGUGGCAUUACCUACUCCGCGAUAUCGCUUCUUUCAACCCUUAUUGGAUUGUAUGUGGCAUUGGCACUCAACAAAUACAAAUUGGAUUGGAAAAUCGGCGUGACAUGUUUGCUCAUGUACAUGGCGUUUUUAGCCCUGGCCAGUUUGAUUGAACUUAACGUAUUCUUCCCAGUCAACCUACCCACUUGCCCGCACUAAUUUUCAUCAAAUCAUCAUACAAUUUUAAGAACUAAGCAUUGCUACAAUAAAUAUCAUUUAGCCAGAAACAGAA